AUGCCUGCAGCGCUGCGGUUGCUGAGGCGGCCCUGCCGGAGCCAGCACUUCCUGCUCCCGUUUGAGCCCAAGAGGACACCUCAACCACAAGCGACGCGGAACAAGAACGACGCCGGCGUCCGCAUCACGCGGCUUGGCCUGUACUCCAACCUUGGCAUGGCCAUCGCCAAGGGCGCGGGGGGCUACGCCUUCAAUUCGCAGUCCAUGAUCGCCGACGCUUGGCACAGCUUGACGGACCUGGCCUCGGACGUCUUGACUCUAGCCACGGUCUCGUGGAGCCUGCGCCCGCCGUCGGACGACUACCCGAUGGGCUUCGGCAAGGUGGAGAGCCUGGGCUCUCUGGGGGUGUCGAGCAUGCUGCUCUUCGGAGGGCUCUUCAUGUGUUUCAGCAGCUGCCAAUCUAUAUACGCGCACUUCUUUCUCGACCCCGCCGCUGCGGCCGAGCUGGCCUCCCACGGCCACCAUCACGGCCACAGCCACAGCCACGAUGGCCCAAGCAUACAUGCCGCGUGGCUUGCAGCCGGUACGGUCUUGGUCAAGGAGUGGUUGUACCACGCAACUAUGAAAGUGGCCCGCGAGCGCAAAUCGUCGGUACUCGCCUCCAACGCCGUGCACCACCGCGUCGACAGCCUCACCGGCAUCGUGGCCCUCCUUGCCAUCCUGGGCGCCAACUUCCUCAACGACGCUACCUGGCUCGACCCCGUGGGCGGCCUGUUCAUCUCGCUGCUGGUUAUCCAGGCCGGGUGGGGCAACACGCUGUCGGCGCUGUACGAGCUCGCGGACCGGAGCAUCGACGACGAGGUCAAGACGUCAGUGCGGCGGCAGGUGCGCAAGGGGCUGGAGGGCGUCAGCGAGGGCCACGAGGCCGAGCUGCAGGACGUGUCGGGCGUCAAGUCAGGCCAGAACUACCUCGUCGACCUCGAGAUGGCCGUGCCGAACAUGUGGACCGUCGAGGACGUGCGCGCCGUCGAGGACGCCGUGCGCACCCGCGUCGGCGCAAAGGUCCGCGGCGUCAGGAGGGUGCGCGUCCGCUUCGUUCCCAAGGACGCCCCCGUGGCGCCAAAGUUCGACGAGUUCAUCCCCGGUGACGUGAGCCCCAAGACGAGCCCGGAGCCCGAGGAUGAUGAGCAUAACCACUCCAACGGGAACGGGAAUGCUAUCGUUGUCCAAUCCGACCUUACCGUCGUCUCGGAGGCCAAAGUCGACUUCGACGCCGACUUCGGCAGCAAGUAUGGCAUCAAGAAGGGCGUGCAGGUGAACGAGAAGGAGGGCGAGGUCUUCGCCCCUGUGGCCAUGUGGCUCGAGGCCCUCGACCUCGUACUCACCCGCCUGCGGGAGAAGGAUGCGCCGCUCUCCCGCAUACGGGGCAUCAGCGGGGCCGGCCAGCAGCACGGAAGCGUCUACUGGAGUGAAAAUGCCGAGAAGCUGCUCGCGGGCCUGAAUCCCGAUGCGCCGCUGGUCGACCAGCUGAAGGACGCCUUCUCGAACCCAAACUCGCCUAACUGGCAGGACCAUAGCACGCAGGCCGAGUGCGACGAGUUUGACGCGAACCUGGGCGCCGCCGACAGGCUGGCCGAGGUCACGGGCAGUUCUGCUCAUCAUCGCUUCACUGGCACUCAAAUCCUGCGUCUCCGUCGCAGAUCCCCGGACGUGUACGCCGCGACGUCGCGCAUCUCUCUGGUAUCGUCCUUCCUCGCCUCGGUGCUCCUCGGGGCCGUCGCCCCGAUCGACAUUAGCGACGCCUGCGGCAUGAACCUCUGGGACAUCCCGGGCAACAAGUGGUCGCAGCCGCUCAUCGAGCUCACGGCCGGCGGCAAGGACGGCGUGGCGGAGCUGCUCGGCAAGCUGGGCGACGUGCGGGAGGACGGCGGCGGCAGCAUGGGCCCGAUCAGCGGCUACUUCGUGCGGCGGUACGGGUUCAGCGCCGAGUGCCAGAUCGCGCCCUUCACGGGCGACAACCCGUCGACGAUCCUGGCGCUGCCGCUGCGGCCGCUGGACGCCAUCGUCAGCCUUGGAACCAGCACCACCUUCCUGAUGAGCACGCCCGUCUACAAGCCCGACCCGAGCUACCACUUCUUCAACCACCCCACCACCCCGGGCCACUACAUGUUCAUGCUGUGCUACAAGAACGGCGGCCUGGCCCGCGAGAAGGUCCGCGACGCGCUCCCGAAGCCCGCCAAUGGCACCGCCGCCGACCCCUGGGCGACCUUCAACCAGCACGUCCUGGACACGCCGCCGCUUGACGUGCGGGACGAGUCGCGCGACCGCGCCAAGCUGGGCCUGUACUUCCCGCUGCCGGAGAUCGUGCCCAACAUCCAGGCGGGGACGUGGCGGUACGGCGCCGAGGCUCGCGACGGGAGCGGCCUGCGGCCCGACGAGUCCAGCAGAAGCGGCGCCGCCUGGGGCGCCGACAAGGACGCGCGCGCCAUCGUCGAGAGCCAGGCGCUGUCGCUGCGCCUGCGGUCGCGCGGCCUCGUCGUCAGCCCCGGUGGCGGCCUGCCGGCCCAGCCGGGCCGCGUCUACCUCGUCGGCGGGGGCUCGCUGAACCCGGCGAUCGCGCGGGUCAUGGGCGACGUGCUCGGCGGGGCGGGCGGCGUGUACAGGCUCGACGUCGGGGGGAACGCGUGCGCGCUCGGCGGGGCGUACAAGGCUGUGUGGGCGCUCGAGAGGGCCGAGGGCGAGACCUUUGACGAGCUUAUCGGCAAGAGGUGGCGGGAGGAGGGCGCCAUCCAGAAGGUGGACGACGGCUACAGGGAGGGCGUCUUCGAGGCGUACGGCAAGUUCCUGAAGCUGCCAGUAGCCUUCUUCUACGAGAGACUGUUGGUCAGGCCUCAGCGGCAGUCUUCGUUUGUGCGACGGGCAAGCCCGUUUGAGGACCUCGUCAUACGCUGUGUCCGAUAUGCUUUCGCAAAUAUACCGCCCAGGGUUGGGCGUGUAUUCUUCUCGAAGCAGGUUGCAGUGCCAUUCCUCCGCUAUCGUAUGCUGCGCCAUGGAUACUUGAGGUACCCGAUGCACUGGAGCGAGUAUGAAGAUAAACACUUCAGGGGAAUAUGGGUUGUGUGCGACAGGACGAAAGAGGCUGACUUCGUCCUAUAUUACAUCCAUGGAGGUGGGUUUUCCCUGGGCUCGUCUUACUUCUACCUCGAAUUUCUGCUGUCCUGGGUUUCCCUCCUCGCAGAAGCCGGGUACAAGAAUCCGGCCAUAUUUGCGCUCGAGUAUACGCUGGUUCCGGAUGCAUCUUUUCCAACUCAGCUUCAGGAAGCCGUCCACGGCUACCAGCACGUUCUCGAGUUUGCCAGAGACCCAUCAAUCGUCUGUGUCAGUGGAGACUCUGCUGGGGCGACCCUGAUACUCAGCCUCCUCCUUCAUCUAGCAAACCAAGACGGGGAUGUUGGAAGGGGUCCGGGCAACGACAGGAGGCUGGAAAACCCCGCCUUGGCCGUCCUGAUAUCACCAUGGGUGACUCUAGUAUCUCCAAGAUACAAGAAUAGUACGAGCGAUUACCUCGAUGCCGACGCCUUGCAGAGCUACGGCUUGCAAUUUGCGGGUCAUUGGGGGUCUAGAGAUAACCCUCUGGUGUCGCCUGGGAGCUGCAAGGACAUUGUCUGGUGGAGAAAUGCCAGCCCAUCCAAGGGGUUCAUCAUCACCUAUGGCCAGGAUGAGGUCUUCGCUCCAGAGAUUAGGGAGCUAACGAGGACCCUGCAGAAAGCAGGCGUCAUGGUAGAAAGUGAGGAAGAAGUUGGGGGAAUACAUGCGUGGCCCGUGGCUUCGCACUUUGUAUCCCGCUCAACCAAGCAGAGGCUGGCGGGAAUCAGAGGCCUGGUAGACAAGAUUAGAGAGCGAAUCGACUGA